AUGGGUGGCGGGGGUUGGGGGACACCUCAGAGGGCGGAGGUAAAGGAGGCGGGCCGGGCCCUUCCCCCAGAGCCAGGGAGGCGUAGCCAGCGCGCAGGUGAAACCGACUCCGACCUAUCAGCUGCCACAGGCCAGCUUCGCUCAGGGGCCGCCUGGGAGCCGCCCUCUGCCACCGGGGCUGCGCGCGGGGACUCAGCCCGGGCACCCGACCCUGGGGACCCUCGGCCCUCCCGAAGCGCUUCGGAGAUGCGGGCUGAGCUGGUUUCCGCGGCUGAUGGAGGCGGGUGGCCCCGCCCUGGGCGCAGGAACCAGGGGCCCACUCGUGCCUGGUCGGUGUUGCCAGACAACUUCCUCCAGCUACCCUCGGAAACCACCUAUGGGGUCUCGGAAACGAACUUGGCUCUGCCAGAGCUCGCACUGUCUUGUCAUCCUCUCCUGCCUGUGGUUCCUGAUGAGUCCUCAGAAUCCUGGCCGGGGAACCCUCCACCCACUGUCUUUCGAAGCAUUCGUUGUCAGCUGUCCCUCCAGGAUCUGGAUGACUUUGUGGAUCAAGAGAGCCACGGCAGCGAGGAGAGCAGCAGUGGACACAAAGAGUCUCCCGGAACCCCCGAGGAGGGACUGCAGCCUGUCUUGGAAACUUCCUCUUGGGGAGAGCUCAGGGAUCCUAAUGAGGGCCUGUCUGUGUCUUCAAAUGAAGGCAGCCCCAGUCGGAUCCGGCAGAGCCUCAGGUAUAGAGGGAAUGCGCCCAGUUUUCGGAAGGUCCCAACGGGGGCUAAAAGCUUUGGAGACCACUCCCAGGAGGCUUCACCCUGGCCAGCCUCCAGGUUCCGGAGGUCUCUCAGGAGGAGCGCUCGAACUGGGAGAACCUACUCCUCCUCUGAUGAGGAACAUCUUGAUGAGGACUUGUUGAAAAGGAGCCGGCGGCCACCUCGGUCCAGGAAACCUUCCAAGGCAGGAGCCCUGCCCAGCCCAAGGGUGGAUAUUGUUUUGGUACAGAAAUUCUCAGAUGCUAAUGUUGUGGCACGGCAGCCACACAACUCCUGGGUCCCUAGCAGAGAUACAUCUGCAGCCUUGAUACACCACAGACCUCCUGAGCACAAGUCAUCCCUUGUCCCCUUAGAUGCCAGGGAACAUGAAUGGAUUGUGAGGCUUGCCAGUGGCUCCUGGCUUGAUGUGCAGACUUUGUUCUGGGAAGACCCCCAGUUGGCUUUGCACAGAGACUUCCUGACGGGGUACACAGCCUUGCACUGGAUAGCCAAGCAUGGUGACCUGCAUGCCCUUCAGGACUUUAUCUCUGGAGCCCAGGAGGCAGGGAUUGUACUAGAUGUAAACGUGAGGUCUAGUUGUGGCUAUACCCCACUGCACCUAGCAGCUAUUCAUGGCCACCAGGGAGUUAUCAAAUUGCUAGUGGAAAGGUUGGCUUCUCGGGUGAAUGUCCGGGACUACAGUGGCAAGAAGCCGUGGCAGUAUCUGACCAGUAAUGUCACUGGAGAAACAUGGCAGCUCCUAGGUGCACCCCGAGGCAAACCCAUCUUCCCUGUAUAUCCCUUAGUGCAAAGCUCCUCCCCAACCAGGAAGGUCAAGAGUCGGGAAAUGUCUAGAAAUGUCACCCGGAAGACUUCCUUGGCUGCUUUGCUCAAAACCCAGCACAACAAAUGGAAGAUGGCCAGCCAAUAUGAGAAAUUCCACACCCCAAAGGAGAGAGAAGAAUAUAGUGACUGAGGUGGGCUCUUUUCUCAAGAAGGCAAAGCACCCCCCCCCAGAAGCUACUAAGUAGAUGAGAGAACCCAGGGAAAACAAAUGGCUAGGAGUUGAUACAGAAAGGACCAGUGAAAUGGUGUCCUCGAGGGUCAUCUCAACUUCUUGAAGGUUCAUACAUACGUUUGUAGACAAUAGCAGAGCCAGGCACUCAAGCCUGAAACGGUCCCACUCUCCUGAGCCAGCCAGGGGUCUGGGCACCGGAAGGCACAGUGUUUUCUGAGGCAGUGCCAGACCUUACUAGAAAGGAAACAGAUGCAUCAGAGAAAGGCAGUUCAUGGAACUGACAUAGCUCACGCUCUUCUCUGGCUGGAAACUCUCUGGCUUCUAUUCCUCUUGAGAAUAAAUCUUGGCUGAGUGGAAAGUACCAGGUUUGAAGUCAGAUGGCAUCCCUUCAUUUUCUUUAUAUGCCAUUUGGCAUUCCAACCAGUGAAAUAAAAUGGUUUCUAGAGAGUGUAGAAUCUGAUUGAAGAGACUUCCCCAGUCUUGUGCCCAAGCCUUCCUGUGAACAGCAUCUAUGGUUGCUUGGUGUAAACUGAUGACUUUCUUCUCUGCAUAUCAGAAGUAGACAGGAGAGAUCAGAUAUGACCUUGACUUUACUCUCCAGAGAAAUGACACCAUCAGGCCCUGUUUGUUUGUGUUUGUUGGUGUUAGUUUUUUGUACCAAUCCAAAGUGAAUUUCCCAAGUAUAAAAAUAGCUUGAUUCUUCAUUUGUGUAAUGACUGACACUCUUCACCCUGCAGGGAAACUCCCUGUAUAGCCAACAGAAUUAUCUCUGAUAGUUUC